GGGCGGGGCCCGCGCUGGGUGUGGCCGGGUGGGGGGGGCGAGGGGCGUGUCCGGGUGAUUGACGGGUGUGGCCCCUCCCCUCCCCCCCCCCAGGUGGGGGCGGAGCCGGCGGCGGAGGACAAGAAGCGGGGGAGGGGCGAGCGGCUGAAGCGCUGCAUCCGCACGGCCGCCGGCAGCAGCUGGGAGGACCCCAGUCUGCUGGAGUGGGACGCUGACGACUUCCGUAUCUUCUGCGGGGACCUGGGGAACGAGGUGAACGACGACAUCUUGGGCCGGGCCUUCGGGCGUUACCCCUCGUUCCUCAAGGCCAAGGUCAUCCGGGACAAACGGACGGGCAAGACCAAGGGCUACGGCUUCGUCUCCUUCAAGGACCCCAACGACUACGUGCGCGCCAUGAGGGAGAUGAACGGGAAGUACGUGGGCAGCCGCCCCAUCAAGCUGCGCAAGAGCAUGUGGAAGGACCGAAACCUGGAGGUGGUUCGACGGAAACAGCGGGAGAAGAAGAAACUGGGGCUGAGAUAACGGCGGACUGGGAGGGACUGGGAGGGACUGGGACGGACUGGGAUG